AUGGAAGCUGUCGGCUCAUUCUGUUAUCUUCCCAUUGCCACAUGUCGCCAUCCUUCAAAUAAACCGCCUUCUUCGACCUGGCCCAAACUGCCUCCGUUUCCAGUAUGUAAUGUUCAGAGAAGAAUCCCUGGAAAGCCCGAGUGUCAGCCGCGUCUUCGGCAAACUGUCCUAUAUAAAGGUCAGCGUGCGUGGAGAGGAUCAGUCUGCCACUCGCUGCUGCUCUACAUAGUCAGCUUUCAGGAGCAAACAAGAACAAAAAUGCGCGUGGGAAUCGUGAUGCUCGCCCUGGCCGGGAUGUGCUGCGCCGCCCCCACCUACCAGGGCCUCCCGAACCAGCUGCCCCACGUCGCGCCGGGACAGACCUUCACCUUCCAGUCUAGCUCGUCCUCGUCCAACUCCGCCUCGUCCUCCAACCAGGAGUCGUCCUCCACCAGUUUCUCGUCCCCCGAGUUAAACUUCGACACGUCCUCCUCCAACUCGGCUUCGUCUUCGUCGGAUAGCUCUUCGUCGAAUUCCUUCUCCGGAUCUCUCACUGGCGGCGCCGGAGGAUUCGGCUCUCACUCUGCUGGAAGCCUAGGAUCGUCUGCUGGCGGCUCUUCAGGUGCUCUUGCUGGCGCCUCUGCUGGCACCUCUUCUGGUGCUCUUGCUGGCACCUCUGCUGGCACCUCUUCUGGCGCUCUUGCUGGCGCCUCUUCUGAUGGCCAAGCCGCUUCUGUUGCCUUUGGAUCCGACGGUCUUGGAGCCGCUGGUGCCCAGGGCGUCGCAUCUUCAACCGGCUUCCAGGAUGGCGUCCAAGGAGGCGCGGUCGGCUUCCAGGGUUCCUCCGCUGGCACUCACGGCGGUGCGGUCGGCGUCCAGGGGUCUUCCGGCAGCACCCACGGGGCAGCUCUUGGCGUUCAGGGGUCUUCCGCUGGCACUCACGGCGGUGCGGUCGGCGUCCAGGGCUCCUCUGCUGGCACCCACGGAGCCGGCUUCCAGUCUGGCGCUCAAGACUCCUCGAGCGAAGUCCAGUUUGGCUCUGAGGGGUCCUCGGGAGGCGUCGACUUCGCAGUCGCCUUCGGAGGCAGCGGCGCUGGUGGCGUCGGAGCCGAGGGCGGCGCCUUCGGCUCGGGCAGCGGAGACGCCGGCGCCCAGGGGUCCUCGGAGGGCUUCGGGAACAGCGGCCGCGAAGCCACUGACGUCAUCUCGCAGAGCUACGGCCUCCCCAUCUAAGCUCGCUCCUAGUCUUAACUGGACUUUAUUUAUCGAAUUAGGUAGAUGGACUGUUCCCUGUGAUACUGAGUGGUAGGCAGCUGAUCGGCGUAUGAUUCGCACUGCGCAGUAUUACCAUUGGCAUUAUUUCUGCAUGAGCACACAUCAACUAUGAAAGCUUUCUGCCACGAACUCUAAUGAUCCUCGAAGUUGCCGUAAUUUAAUCAAAGUAAAAUUAUGACAUUUGAA